CAGAACAUUGCUUCAAGGUAUGCCACAAUUUUGACGCAUGGUCCCCCGAAAGUAGUGAGGAAUUUUCGUGAAAAUUUUUCCCAUUAAUUUCUGUGGAAAUUCUCCUGAAAAUUUGUAUCUCCAUAUAAAGUGAUAAUUUGAAAUUGAACCUAGAUUGGUUGCAAAAUGCACAAUGUCCAUUGCCAUGUGUCGAACAAUAUAUUGAAAUAAUUAAAAUGUGAUAGAGUGUCGUGGACAUAAACAUGUAGCUCAUUUGAAUUUUUCAAAUUAAAGUGGUGCUCUCCUACCCCCAUGGAUUGUGAUUAAUUAAAUAGGCUUUUAUUCUAUGAGUACCCCUGUGAUGAUGAUGGCUAAAGUAAACUGCAAUCAAUGCAUAAUUAUGGAGAGUAUCCAGGAGUAUCAUCGUAUCGGAUGCUUCUUCUAUCGCUGCAAUACCAUCACCAUCGAUUGACAGAGAGCAGACAAAUCAACUUGCACUGCCAAUUGCAAUUUAUUUCUACUUUAUAAAGAAAAUAUGGAAAAGGUGGAAUGAUUAGAUGGCAGAAACAAAUUUUCACAAUGUCGCAUAUAAUAUGCUACGGUGAAUUGGAUUUCUUCACGUAGUUUUAUUUGGAAAAUACGCACGGAGCUCAAUAAUUGGGGGAGGGAAGAUAAAUAAAUACCAAACGCCCAGGGAAGAAAAUCGAGAGAAAGACUCUCAAGUAUAAAUAGAUGGAGCGCAAGAGAUCGGUAAGACGGCGCCAGAGCCAAAAGUUGCCUUUUGCUGAACGCGCAAAGGAUCAUUGUCGGAAGUUUACAGCAUUUAUGUUCAGCAAUGUUGGAAUUAUUUUGCUGGUAGUACUCUACACAAUUGCUGGUGCCUUUAUGUUCAUAGCAAUUGAGGGUGAUGGUGAUUUGGAGAGAUCUGCCGAAUUAGCGAGGCACCGAGUGUCCGUGGCGGCAAAACUGUGGAAUAUAUCGUGUUGCGAGGCAAACAUUUUCAAUAAGUCAGCAUUUAUGGAGUUGGUGAGUCAGCAGGUUCUGAAUCAUCAGUACAAUAUUGUAAGAGCUGCCAAGGGUGGUAUGACCGAAUCCGGUAAGACAAAGACAAGCAAUAAAUGGACAUUUUCCGGAGCAUUUCUCUACUCCUUGACCGUAAUCACGACAAUUGGCUAUGGAAAUUUAAUUCCUCGCACAAAAUGGGGAAAAGUAGCAACAAUUUUCUAUGCAAUUAUUGGUAUGCCACUCUUUCUCCUCUAUCUCUCCAACAUAGGAGACAUUCUUGCCAAGUCAUUCAAAUGGAUUUAUGCUAAAGUGUGUCUAUGCAGAAUUUGUCCCGGAGUUACUCGACGUAGAGCAGCGAGGCAACGUCGAAAAGCAAGAGCUUUGACAGCUGAACGAGAUAAUCUACCAUUCGCCUUUUGCAUCUGUUUAUACUACCAACAGGAAGGAUAUUUUAUCGAAGGCGGAGACCUGGAGACACUAUCAAACUCAUCUGUGGAUGUACAUGAAUCGAUUGAUGAGGAAGAAAUUGCUGGUGAUACAGAAACUGUGAUAGUGCCCCUAACAGUUUGUGUCAUCAUCAUGAUUGGAUAUAUCCUCUUUGGAGCUACACUCUUUGGCCACUGGGAGGAUUGGGAUAGCCUGGAAGGGAGCUACUUCUGUUUUAUAUCUCUCAGUAGCAUCGGUUUCGGAGAUAUGGUGCCGGGAUUUAAGAUUACUGGCUUUGAGGGAACUGGUGUUGAGUUGAGUUUUAUACUCUGUGCAAUUUAUUUGUUGCUGGGAAUGGCCCUAAUUGCAAUGUGUUUCAAUUUAAUGCAGGAGCAAGUAAUGCACAAGAUGCGAACAUUCAGGCGAUGUGUACGACGGUGCUUCCACUGUGACAGGUGAUGAUGAACAGCUGAGGACAACAAGGGAGCUCCUGGUUCAUCAAUAAACAAUCCAGAAUGAGCCGUGAAAGAGGUUCAUGUGCUUGUGACGUGUGUUUCACAGCCGUGGCGACAAUUCUCGUCUCCCAUUAAACCUCUUUUCAUCGUCACCACAAAAUGCUCUGUGUGCAUUCUGCUUUUGAAUCUCUCUGGGUUUGGGCACCAUGGAGAGCAGACACUGCCAAGAUUCAUUAGCUCUUCGUUUCAAAUAGUCUUUUUCAUCAACCCCCCCCCCAGCACCCCCCACACACACUCUGCUACGGCGGGCACUCUGGGCUGUGAGGAUAAGAGAAGAGAAGCAAAGAAGAAAGUUCCUCCUCACCCCAUCAAAGCAUCCCGAAGAACGCACCGAGUUCAGGGAUAUAAUUUUUUAUUAAAUCAAUUUUAAUUAAAAUCAGUCCCAGAGUGUAAGUAACAUUCCAUUAAUAAAGACCAUUUGAAUUUUGUCUACUUUAUUGCUGGACAUCAAA